AUGGCUCAAAGUUCAUUCCCGGGGUCAAACCCAUUCACCCAUUCCAACACCAAGUCCGACAAAUCCAACAUUCAGAAAAUCUCCGAGGACGAGGAAUUCGAGGUGACGUCACCUACCGAUAUGACCUUCCGACAGGCCAACAUCGGCGCUCUGUCCGGGACCGCCCUUUUUGGAGGAAGCGCACUGAAUGAAAGCGGUUCACAAGCCUUUGGAGGCUCUUUGUUUGGCCGGGGAAGUCCCUUCGACUCGGGUCCCUCAUCCGGCCCGGGCAACGCGGGCAACGCGGGCAACGACGAGCCUGGAGCUCAAUCAGCCCCCGCAGGACAGGGAUUCCCGAACAACUAUGCACUGGGUCGUCGCACCUCGGUGUCGGCAGAGUCCUUGAACCCCACAUCAGCUGGUGCGGAGGGAUGGACGCCCCCACACCACCCCAAGACGGAUGAUCAGCUGGCGCGACUUAGGACUGCUGUCAGUGGGAAUUUCUUAUUUUCUCACCUAGAUGACGAUCAAUUUAGAACCGUACUGGAUGCACUAGUCGAGAAGCCUAUUCCUGCCAAGGAUAUCAAGGUGAUCUCACAAGGUGACGCAGGCGACUACUUCUACAUUGUGGAAAAUGGCAGCUUCGACAUCUAUAUUCACCCAUCUGGUGCAGUACAACCUGGUCCUGAUGGUCUGGGCAACAAGGUCAGCAGCACUGGACCCGGUGGCUCAUUUGGUGAGCUGGCCUUGAUGUAUAAUUCCCCACGUGCGGCGACCGUCAUUUCCACCGAGGCCAAGAGCACUUUGUGGGCACUGGACCGCAUCACUUUCCGACGAAUCUUGAUGGACUCUGCCUUCCAGCGACGCCGCAUGUACGAGGCCUUUUUGGAGGAAGUGCCGCUUCUCUCGUCUCUCAAGCCUUAUGAGCGGGCCAAGAUUGCCGACGCCCUGGAUACAAUCAAGUUCCCUGCCGAAUCCACCAUUAUCUCCGAAGGUGACCCAGGUGACGCAUUCUAUCUCUUGGAGUCAGGCGAGGCCGAGGCAUUCAAGGGUGACGCUCCUGUGAAGAGCUAUCAUCGGGGGGACUACUUUGGUGAACUAGCCCUGUUGGAUGAUAAGCCGCGUGCGGCCAGUAUUGUCGCCAAGACCGAUGUCAAGGUGGCCCGCUUGGGCCGGGAUGGAUUCAAGAGGCUGCUUGGGCCCGUGGAGGAUAUCAUGCGCCGGGCCGACUAUAAGGUGGACGCUUCGAAAUCUCCCGGUGACUCAUAA